AUGGAUUACGCAAAUAUGGUGUCCGAGUCGGCGGGACUCAAUGGCAAGCUACAGUCCUCGCUGGAACCACUGUCCCGCACGUACCAGUACCGGAAGGUGAUGAAGCCGAUGCUGGAGCGCAAGCGGCGGGCCCGCAUCAACCGCUGCCUGGACGAGCUGAAGGAGCUGAUGGUGUCCGCCCUGCAGUCCGAGGGCGAGAAUGUGGCCAAGCUGGAGAAGGCCGACAUCCUCGAGCUGACCGUGCGCCACCUGCACAAGCUGCGCCGCCAGCAGCGGCUCGCCGCCAACCCCGUGCUGGAUGCGGACCGCUUCCGGGCCGGGUUCACCCACGCCGCGAACGAGGUGUCGCGCUGUCUCGCGUCCACGCCCGGCGUCGACAUCAAGCUCGGCACCAAACUGAUGACGCACCUCGGCCACCGGCUGAACGAUCUCGACAAGGUGUCGCCGCUGUCGGUGCACGUGGAACCGGCCGGUUCCAACAGCCCCGGUGCCACCCGCAGCCCGUCCGCCUCGCCCCCGAUCUCCCCGUUCUCGGCCGCGUCCUCCACGUCCGGCGAUGUGCCGAUGUACCCGAUGCCGCUAACGCCCCAGUCGUACCGCAGCGAGGAGUCCGGCCUGCACGCACCGUCCACGACGCCGUCGCCGAACCCGAGCGAGUGCGACGAUCACCAGACCGGUGGGCUGCUCAAGAUCCAGCAGUCCGGCGAAUCGGUCUGGCGGCCGUGGUAG